GUCUGAGCUGCUGCUUGAUAUGGCCAUACGGCGAGAGAUGCUGCAAGUGCUGGUGAUGAUGCCACAACGGGUCGGCAGGGUGUUUGGGCCGGCGGCAUUGAGGCGCUGGUGGAUGCUAUGCAUGCGCCCAGGGAGAAAUAAGUGGCGAUGGGGGCAGCCGUCACGCUGCUCGGGCUGCUAGACGCGUCGAACAUGGCAGUGUCCAAGUGGUAUAUGUGGUGGGCAGCCACUGCAGGCUUCUUGAGGUGCUCAGAGAGGCACUUCUACAGCCAGCCAAUGGCUCGCCCUGAGGCGGCAGCAAGCAGAAGCAGCGGUCAGACGCUGUGCUUGUGUUGGUAUGUGUGGCCAUGGCAAAGCAGUUUGCGCUACGCACCGAGUACCACCAGUGAAUUAUCGAUCUGGUGUUUCUGCCUGCAUUGCUGGUGUCGCACGCAGUUAAUGGCUGAGCUCAAGCUUUUGCGCAUGCUGAUGGAGAGCCUCAUGCAGCUAUACACUUUUCUCGCAGUGUAUUGGCCGCCAACAUCAGAAGAAAACGCAACAGAGGUGGCAAAUCCGCAGAUGGUGCAGCUGCUGGAGCUGGGCACCGUCGAUGUCAUCGCCGCGUGCACCCACCAGGAUGACCAGGGCAUGUCCUCGUGGGGCAUUGGGUUUCUGCAUGAGUUUAUGUCACGAAGUGUCGGCAAGGCGCAGCUGGCAGCGAGGCCAGGGUUGGUGCGCCGGCCAUGUCGCAGACUGGUGAUGGGCAAGUAUGCAUACACUAACCAUCUGAUUCUGCGCUCGCUCUGGUGCCUGUUCACAAUGCGGGAGAUGGCUGCGGUGCCGGCUGCACUGGCAGAGGUCACGCAGCCGGAGAAUCUACGGCUCGUGCUGGCGAUGUUUGUCUCUGACGACAACGUUGAGGCGCACUACUGGAGUGUAGCGCUGAUCAGCCGCGUGUCAGCGCCGGCGUCGACGCACCAGUGGAUCCUUCGCAGUCCAUUGCCCCCAGGCCAUGGCUGGCGUGGCCGAGGUGCUGAUGCCAGACUCCACCUAAACUGAUGCCUGAGAUGGCCGGCAUCAUUUUGCGCUUGUGCCAUUCAAUCGACUUGGCAACAAUGAUGGCCGAGUGUCCAGCGAUUCCAACCAUGUGCAUCAGGCUGCUUAUGGCUGAUGCUGAGUCGGCGCACAUUUUCGGCCAUCAUGGCCGUCAUCACACCGCGGCGACGUCGCAGGCUUUCUGCAGCUGCUGAUGGCUGACGACGCAAUUAAAACGCAGUUGGUCGAAAUUGCCUU